AUGGCGUGGGCCCUGAAGCUACCCCUCACAGAUGAGGUCAUUGAGUCCGGGCUGGUGCAGGACUUUGAUGCCAGCCUCUCGGGAAUCGGCCAAGAGCUGGGAGCCGGGGCAUAUAGCAUGAGCGAUGUCCUGGCUCUCCCCAUUUUCAAGCAGGAAGAGUCUAAUCUCCCUUCGGACUCUGAGAAGAUUCUUCCUUUCCAGUAUGUCCUGUGUGCAGCUACCUCCCCAGCAGUGAAACUGCACGAUGAGACGCUCACCUACCUCAACCAAGGCCAGUCUUAUGAAAUUCGAAUGCUUGACAAUCGGAAAAUUGGUGAACUACCUGAAAUCACUGGUAAGAUGGUGAAGAGCAUUAUUCGUGUGGUGUUUCACGACCGGCGGCUCCAGUACACGGAGCAUCAGCAGCUGGAGGGCUGGCGCUGGAACAGACCUGGAGACAGAAUACUUGACCUUGAUAUUCCCUUGUCAGUUGGAAUAAUUGAUCCAAGAUCCAACCCAACUCAGCUAAACACUGUUGAGUUCCUGUGGGACCCGUCAAAAAGAACCUCAGUUUUUAUCCAGGUUCAUUGCAUCAGCACUGAAUUUACAAUGCGUAAACACGGCGGAGAGAAGGGUGUUCCUUUUCGGAUUCAAAUAGACACUUUUAAAGAGAAUGAAAGCAGUGAAUACACGGAGCAUCUUCACUCAGCCUCCUGCCAAAUCAAAGUCUUUAAGCCCAAAGGUGCAGACAGAAAGCAGAAGACGGACAGAGAGAAGAUGGAGAAGAGAGCGCCCCAAGAAAAGGAAAAGUACCAACCCUCCUACGAAACCACGAUACUAACAGAGUGCUCUCCUUGGCCUGAAGUGACGUAUGUGGAUAACUCUCCGUCUCCUGGCUUUAACAGCUCACACAACAGCUUCACUAUAUCGGAAGGAAAUGGAUCUCCCAGCCACCAGCCUGAACCUGUCGUCCCGAUAGCUGAUAAUUUGUUACCCACGACAACGCCGCAGGACGCUCAGCAAUGGCUCCUCCGAAAUCGCUUCUCACCUUUCAGCCGGUUGUUCACAAACUUCUCAGGAGCAGACUUGUUGAAGCUGACGAGGGAAGAUGUUAUUCAGAUAUGUGGUCCGGCCGAUGGCAUCAGACUCUUCAAUGCUUUAAAGGGGAGAGUGGUGCGUCCCAGACUAACCAUCUACGUCUGUCAGGAGUCACAAGAGCCUCAGUCAAAACAUGAGAAUGGAGAGGGGUCUGCUUUUUUUGUCUAUCACGCCAUUUACCUGGAGGAGCUCACGGCGAUAGAACUGACGGAGAAAAUUGCGCAGCUCUUCAACAUCUCACCAAGACAAAUAAAUCAGAUUUUCAAACAGGGUCCGACCGGUAUCCACGUGAUGGUCAGUGACGAGAUGAUUCAGAACUUCCAGGAUGAAGUCUGUUUUGUUCUGGACACAAUGAAAGACGAAACUAGUGACGGCUACCACAUCAUCCUGAAGUGA